GCAUCGAAGUCUCGCUCACUGUUCCACUGCAAAACAAGAUCUUGGUGCACGCUUAGUGCAAAAAAUGGCAGGUCACGGUUCAUCGCACCAGCUGUUAAGUUCUCCCGUAGGCACAAACUCAAGGGUAUCAGUGAUUAUUGAGGACGGCAUCGUGAAAUCAUGUGCCAAAGGCGCAGUCAUCCCUGAUGUCAUUUUUAAAUCCUUCUUCACUGACAUUUGGCAAGAUCAUGAAGACCUGACUGCACUGGUGGACGCCCAGUUGGACACAUCGUGCACAUUCGGAGAACUGCUCGACGCCAGCCGACGAGUGGCUGCCGGUCUGCGUAGGCUCGGGCUGCGCGCAGGCGACGUGGUCGCAUUCCAUGGCCCAAACAGUCUCGAGCUGGUAUUCGCCAUGUGCGGGACGUUUUUCGCCGGUGGCAUUGGAUUGCUCAGCAAGGGCAGCCUUACCAGUGGAGAGAUUCAUUUCCAACUGGUGGAUGCAAAACCAAAAUUUAUUUUCUGCCAAUCAGAAGAAGUUAGCGAAAUGAGGCAAGCUUGCGAGGGUGUUGCGUCUGUAGAGGAGAUCAUUGCUCUCAAUGGCUCCUGCGAAGAGGCACGCAAUUUCUGGGAAUUGAAAGAAACCGAUCUCGUAGAGAACGAUGCGUGUUUGAACCAGACUCCAGACAUGACACUGCUCAUUGCAUACUCGAGUGGCACCACGGGAUUGCCAAAAGGCGUGCAGCUGACCCACCGGAACAUCAUAGCCCAAGUGAUAUCGUAUGGGUAUCUAGACCCCAUAUUCGAGAGGGGAGAUUCCUUCUGGUGCCCAUCUACAAUGAUGCACAUCGGUGGCUUCUGGACUGUCUUUUGCUAUCUCGGACUUGGCUGCAAAGUGGUUUUUCGUGACUUAUUUGACAUUGGCUCAACGUUGGCCGCCAUAAAGAGACACAAGCCGACAACCGUUGCGAUGUACCCCUCAGCCAUACGUCAAUUUGAUCAGUGGUCACAAUCUGGGGACUUCGAAAGGAGUAGCGUGAAAAAACUUCUAGUUGGUGGUGGUACAGUGAGCCCAUCCGUACUCAAGAGCAUCCGCAGGAAGUUGGGCUUGAAGGAAUUAUCACAAGGUUAUGGUAUGACAGAGCUGACCUGCUGCAUCGCAUUUUCAACCCGUCUUGAUGACUUGAAGAGUGUUGGCAAGCCUGCUGCGUUCUGUGAAAUCAAAGUAGUGGACUUUGACACAAGGGAAACCCUAGGACCAAACCAGCAAGGGGAAGUAUGUGUCAAAAGUCCUGCUGCCUUUAAGGCCUAUUUGAAUCAACCGAAAGCGACAGCUGAUGCCUAUGAAGACGGCUUCGUCCGCACAGGAGACAGGGGCUACUACACGGCCGACGGUUGCUUGUUCUUGAGCGGUCGGUUCAAGGAACUCAUAAAGUGCAUGGACCAGCAGGUAUCUCCAGCCGAGUUGGAAGAGCUACUGGCUGCCGACCCAGCGGUCAAGCAUGUGAUUGUGGUUGGGAUUCCCCACCCACAGUAUGGAGAGGCUGUCCGCGCAUUCGUUGUGCACCGGUGCCGCCCUGUGGAUCCGCUGGAAGAACAGCAGGAAGCAGAAAGGUUGAAGCAACUCAUCGCCGGUCGACUGGCCCAUCACAAGCACCUGCAUGGUGGCCUUGAGUUCCUGGACAGCAUCCCACAGACUAAUAACGGAAAAUAUUUACGGAACUCUGUUAAGAUGGCCUACAUUGAGCGUUGUCAAAGCGGCCAAAACAGCGGAAUUUGACUGACAGAGCAGGAGAAUUGAUUUCACUUAUCUGUUAAAUACAGAGCAUAUAUACGUCUGCCAGCUUGGAAUCGUGGUUUCAUUCACAUUGUCUUGACAGCGAAUAAUAGCAUUCUGUGCAACAA